CAUCAGGGAGGGGGCAGCAUCCAGGAUGGAUCACUGGAGAUCAUGCUCCACCGUAGGUUACUGUACGAUGACGUCCGGGGUGUGGGUGAGCCCCUCAACGAGACGUCUGACAUUUACCCAGAAGGCCUGGUGGUUCGUGGUCGCCACCUCCUCUCCCUCAGCCCCCCUGCCACGGCUGCUGACACACACCGCCCCCUAGCACAGGAAGUGGUACUGCAGCCUCUCAUCACGUUCACCGACGGAGAGCUGCACCCGAGUACCAGGCUGGAGUUCUCUGGGCUACAGGCAGUGCUGCCCCCUGCUGUUCACCUGUUGACAGUGUCUCAGUGGGACCAGGACACAGUGCUGCUCAGACUGGAGCAUCAGUACCAAGCUUCAGAGAGCAAGGAGCAUUCCCAGCCUGUUACUGUUAAUCUGCAGAAGCUGUUCUCCACUCUGGACGUGCUGGGCGUGUCCGAGAUGAACCUGUCAGCCAAUCAGUGGAAGGAUGAGAUGACGCGUCUGGACUGGAAGGCGGAGUCAGGUGAGAAGCCCCUGCCGAAGAGAGGGGGAGACCCUCUCUGUGGGAGGUGAACCUCAAGCCCAUGGAGAUACGCACCUUCCUGCUCCGUGUCAGGCAGAGAUAGUCAAUCACCAACCUCCGUUCCAGAACUAGCCAAUGAUCAAUCCCUGUGGCUUAGCAACUAUGAACUCACUGCCUUGAUUGGAUGUAAAUCAUUUGGAGUCUGAGUACAUGAAGAUGAAUCAAAUGAACAGGAUUUCUUGUCAUAAUUGAGUUGACCGGAGUGGGUUUUAAAUGAGCUCCUAUAAAAGAGCUUCUUUGAAGCCGCUGAACAAUC